ACACCCGCACGCUGGGAGAGAGGGAGGAAACAGCGCUGCUCCAAUGCGUCUGUGCGGCACAGACUGAAGAAAAAAAAACUUCUCGACGCGCAAAACCAAAACCUGCGCUGCGCAAUUAGUGCGAGAAAACCCACUUUUCCUUCGGUUCUGAAGAAAAUAAAUAAAGAAAUCAAGCUGGCUCAGUGCGUGUCUCAACAGCCCACUUUGACAGGUGCUCCUCACCCCCUUUGGAGGACUGUCAACAGCAAGAGGAUGGCAUCAGAACUGGCAAUGAGCAACUCCGACCUGCCCACCAGUCCCCUGGCCAUGGAAUAUGUUAAUGACUUCGAUCUGAUGAAGUUUGAAGUGAAAAAGGAGCCGGUGGAGCCCGAUCGCAGCAUCAGCCAGUGCAGCCGCCUGGUCGCCGGGGGAUCCCUAUCUUCCACCCCGAUGAGCACGCCUUGCAGCUCGGUUCCCCCCUCUCCAAGCUUCUCGGCGCCCAGUCCGGGAUCAGGGAGCGAACAGAAGGCGCACUUGGAGGAUUUCUACUGGAUGACCGGGUACCAACAGCAGUUGAACCCCGAGGCUCUGGGCUUUAGCCCGGAGGACGCCGUAGAGGCGCUGAUCAGCAGCAGUCACCAGCUCCAGACCUUCGAUGGCUAUGCCAGGGGGCAGCAGUUCGGCGGCGCAGCCGGGGCAGGAGGCGCCAUGGCCGGGGAAGAGAUGGGAUCAGCGGCCGCCGUGGUGUCCGCGGUCAUCGCUGCAGCCGCAGCUCAGAACGGGGCUCCACAUCUCCAUCACCACCAUCACCACCACCACCACACAGGGGCUCACCACCCGUCCUCCGGGUCUCAGUCCGGCGGCGGCGCGGGGGGAAACCACCAGCACAUGCGCAUGGAGGAUCGGUUCUCGGACGAGCAGCUGGUGACCAUGUCGGUGCGGGAAUUGAACCGGCAGCUCCGGGGGGUCAGCAAGGAAGAGGUGAUCCGUCUGAAACAGAAGAGGCGGACAUUAAAGAACAGGGGCUAUGCCCAGUCCUGCCGGUACAAGCGGGUCCAGCAGCGGCACGUCUUGGAGGGGGAGAAGACGCAGCUCAUCCAGCAGGUGGACCACCUCAAGCAGGAGAUCUCCCGGCUGGCCAGGGAGAGGGACGCCUACAAGGAGAAAUACGAGAAGCUCAUCAGCACCGGCUUCAGAGAAAACGGAGGAUCCAGCAGCGACAACAACCCGUCAUCCCCGGAGUUUUUCAUGUGAGUCUCGGCGCUGAAAAGUUUUAAUAACCGGCCUCACAAAGAAACACGAGAAAAAAAACAACAACUUUAAAUUCGCGCGCAGCUUUAACACAGGUUGUGCGUGUUUGUGUUGUUUUUGUUAAACCUGCGUUAGUUCAGUAAGUUUUUCCACUUUUUCUGUAUUUCAGAGGUUUUUUUUGUUUCGGGGUGAGGAUUUUGUUUGAUCACAUUUAAAGGAUGCACACAUGGGCUUUUACACAAAAAGACUGUGAAAAUAAAAAUGAAUGAAGGUUUUCUAAAUAUUCUAAAGGACUUAAGUUGAGUAAAUUGCUCCGCACGUCGCAGCGGGUCCGCUCACACAGCCUCAUCCUGCGCCUCGUCCAUCCUCACCCGACAUGAAACAAUCCUCAGGCACCAGCAGCUUUAUUUUUGAAUGUGAAUUUAUUUUGUGUUCAGGUUAUUUUUGAUAUGAAUGAUCUCAUUUUCAUAUCAUCCAUGUGUCUUAAUAAAAAAAAAAAAGCAUCCAAAGUCUUCGGGCAGAAGUUUGGAGAUGGAUGUGAAACGGACUGUGAUGUGAAGCCAUGCAUGCUGGUCAUGUGCGGACUGUGUUUUUACCUUAUUUUCCUUCUGUUUCCUCUUUUUGUGAAUUUGUGUAUAAUGAUUGUGUUAUAUAUCAUGACUGCAUUGUUCAGCGUCAUCACCUUUUGAGGGAAUCAUUUGUGGGAAACAGAAAAAAAAGUGGAGAAGUUCAUUCAUCCGUCAAUAUUAUAAAAGUUCAGGGCGAACGUUUUACAGGCUUCUUUUUUUGGAGCCUUGUGGGGAAAAUGACUUUGUGGAAUAAAACAACUUUGUACGCAAUAUUGAUUCAUACAGAAAGUGAACAGCAUCGGGGUGUUUAGCAGAAAUUUCAUUUUUCCUAACAGAUUAAAUAGAUCAACAAGUGGGACUGGAGAUAAAAUGUUGGCGCAGUAAAAGAUGCAGAUUAAGAUGCAUGUCCUGGAAUAAAUGAAAAACACAAACAGGCAACUUUGUCUGCGCAAAAACAUUGUUGCAACAUUUGAUCUCUUUUGUCUGCAGUUCGUCGUUAGUGUGUUUUCCUUUCAUUCAAAGGAACGGAAUUAAGUGGAACCAGAAGCCCUGUGGGUCUUUACUCGGUGAAUAAACUGUGUGGAAAUUGAAAUAACAUGUUGUAGAAUAAUUGAAGAUAAAUCAUCUUGCAGCCACAAACAUCUUCUGUGAUGCUCUAAUGCAUUGUCUGGACAGUCCAGUUAACAGGCAGGUGUCGUGUUCACUGUUUCAUCAAAAUGGAAUUUAAUAAAUGUACCAUUCAUCAAUGAACCUUCA